UCCAUGGAGACCCCCCUCCACCCCUUUUUUUCCUCUCUUGCCCUCCUCCUCCCUGCCCCCCAAGCCUCUGACUCAGCUCUGCCUCUUCCUCAAAGGCCAUCUCCCCUCCCUCCCCUCUCUCCCACUCUGCCCUCCCCAUCUUCCUUCCCAGAGACCGGUCCUGGUUUGUCCCAUUCUCAGUGUCCAUGUCCGUAUGUCCAUCUUUCCUCCAUGCCCCAGCAGCUGACCUAUCUCAUCCUCCUCAAAGACCCUGUCUUUGCAGGGGACCCUACAUCUCACAAUCCCAUGAACUAUUCCACCGCCUUACACCAGCUUACAACCUGUGUUGCUGCAUGCCAAAUGCCUCUUCGUGCCCAAGACUGGGUUCCAUGCACCCCUCCCCAAGAAGUGACCUGCACCCACAACUUGGUCAGAAAAUUUCAUGUGCAUGGAGGAUCUGUGAGGGCAGGUGGUGCAAGCAACCAUGUGAUGCUAGAAUCUUGCUUCAAACACCUGAGCAGCUCUUUCCCCCAGAUUUUACCAGGGAAUGAGGUGAUUGCAGUGGACUGGAAGGGCCUGAAGGAUGUGGAUCAGAUCAACAUGGACAGCACCAGCUCACUGCAUGGGAGCAGCCUCCACCGGCCUUCCACGGAGCUCUCCAUGGAAGAUACCACUUCCAUCCUUCCGAAGCUUAAGCGAAACUCUAAUGCCUAUGGCAUUGGGGCCCUGGCCAAGUCAUCAUUCUCAGGGAUCUCAAGAAGCAUGAAGGACCAUGUGACAAAGCCGACUGCCAUGGGACAAGGACGAGUGGCUCACAUGAUUGAGUGGCAGGGUUGGGGGAAGACCCCGACCAUUCAGCCACAACACAGCCACGAGGCAGUGCGCAGGGAUACAGAUGCCUACUCGGACCUCAGCGACGGCGAGAAGGAGGCGCGUUUCCUAGCAGGUGUCAUGGAACAGUUUGCUAUUUCUGAGGCCACUCUGAUGGCCUGGUCUUCCAUGGAUGGUGAGGACAUGAGUGUCAACUCUGCCCAGGAGCAAUCAUUGGGCUGCAACUACAGUGACAACUACCAGGAGUUGAUGGAGAGUCAGGACGCCCUAGCCCAAGCGCCCAUGGAUGGCUGGCCCCACUCCUAUGUGUCCCAGGGCAUGUACUGUCUGGGGUCAUCGGAUGCCUGGGAAGCAAGCGACCAGUCCCUUAUUGCCUCUCCGGCCACAGGAUCCUAUCUUGGCCCUGCAUUUGGUGACUCACAGCCCAGCCUGCACGACAUGGGGCCUUCCCAGCCUGCUUCAGGGUACUCUGCUCAGGAGCCUCCAGCUUUGCUGGGAGGAGAAACUGACUGGGCACCAGGGGGCAGUGGGGUGGACCUGGCCAGAGGCCCUGCUGAGGAUGAGAAGAGGCCAUUAGCCCCUGAAGAGGAAGAGGAUGCUGGAUGCCGGGACCUGGAAUCUCUUUCCCCGCGAGAAGAUCCUGAAAUGUCCACUGCUCUCAGCCGGAAGGUGUCUGACGUCACAUCCUCAGGUGUGCAGUCCUUUGAUGAGGAGGAGGGCGAGGCCAACAACUAGUUUUCUUUCUCCCUUCUCUUACCCGAGGGCAUGGCUGCAACCCAUACCCUCCCUUGCCUCAAAGCACAGCUGAGCUGGGCAGACGACAGUGGGGAACCUGGGAGCUUCCAGCUCUUACUUGCAAAGUAGAGGACCAAUAAGGCAUACACUCAAACCACAGGUCCAGAACUGAGACCCAGGCCGCCAGAUGGCUGUGGGAGACGAGCUGCAGCUACAGGUUUCUGGGUCUGUCCCGUGAGCGUCGUCGUGGGGACAGCAGGGCAGAGUGACCAUGUUGGAGACUGGAUCUUAUUUCUACACUCCCUGAUUUCAUCUUCCAGGAGCCUUGGCUGUGCUGUUUGAAUGCCUCCUUUUUCCAUUUCACAACUGCUUUUCCUGACUCUGUUUUCUCUGGCUUGAGGAGCAGACCUCAGGAGCUGUUGGAAGUAGCUUGAGGUGCACAGUGGAGUGGCCUGAAAGGCAUGUUUGUGUCCAGGUGGAUGGACCGUCUGCCCUCUGUGGGGAAUUUGGCUCCUGAUCACAGGAGCUGGACCUGACAGCUGGGGGCCAUGCAGAUUCUUUAUCUCAAGGUCUGCCCAGAGACAAGGAGGUCACUAGCGAGACCAAGAACAAAUGUGGCUCCUUGUUCUGGGCUCUUGAACAUCCUGGCUGCAAGGAGAAUUCUAAAGAGCAGAGAAAAGACUCACCUGGGGCUGGCUGCUUCCGCUCUGGCUUCCCUUCUGCCUUCUUCUUCCAUCCUGCUCUGGGAGCCCAGCCCUGAGGAGGGGGAACAGAUGCCAGUCUCAAGAUACGCUGACACAGGAGGCAGUGUCCCUACCAGUGGGGGGAGCAUGAGGGCUGGGUCUCCCCCUGACCACCCCUAAUUCUCUGGAGCUGUUUACACUUUUCUCUUUGCCUUUUCUACAUUUUUAUAACUUCUUGGGGACUCAGGGUUGAGCAGGGUGGAGGGAGGAUUCCGGUGCUGUCUUUGCCCCGGCUGGGCUGGGCUGGUGGCCGUGGGCCAGGGUGGGCUCUGGCUCCUUCUGCCCCUUUGUUAGCUCUUCCCAGGACUCCCGAGAUGGCCUCCCAGGUGUCCUGCAUCUGUCCCCAGGCCACCUGCUGGAGGAAGAGGGGAGAACCAGUGCAUUCUUCCUUCCUGGACAAGUUUGCCAGGAGGCACAGGUUGCCCAGUCGUGCUGUCUCCGCUCGGCUUUGAAAUGAAACAUGGGGUCAUGGAGCAGCAAGCAAGCCCAGCAUGUACUUGAGGGUUGGGAGCAGGACUGGAGUAAAGCUGGGGAGCACCUCACCCCUACCACUGCCUGCACCAGCCCCUGGCAUGGGUGCAGUGUGAGUUGAAGAAGCUCCUUGCCCUGUUCCCUCUUUCCUCAUGCUCCUCUAAGCUCCUGCUCCUGCUCCAAGGCCUGAGUCCUACUCCACUCUGUCAGGGUCCUAUUACUUGAUCCUCUGCCACCACGGGAGCACUGUUGUCCUCUCCCAAGCCCUGGGUGCAAGCUACACCCCCACACUGGCUUUGGAAUGAGCGGGUGGAGAGUUAGGGUGCUUCUGUUCAUCUGUGACCCUGCCCCUCAGCAAGUUCGUACUCUCCCAUGCUCAGGAGGUGCUGCAGGGCAGUGAUCUGGGUUCAGGAAGGGUGUGGCUGGCUAUCCUGAGGUUGGCUGUUGUAGGAAACAAGAGAAGGUGUGAUGAGCCAAGGUAGGUGGACAGUCCUUGACUUGAUCUGCACUACCUGAAUGGGAGAAGAUACCUCUGGGUUUUUUUCACGUGUUUUUACUCAACAUACCGACACUUUACUUCAAGGAAGUUUGGGGAGGGCCAGUGUACCAACUUGGCUGCUGGCCCUGACUCUAGAACUCCUGCCCUGGGCCCCUGGGGUUUUGCAUGCUUACUCUACCUUUCUGCCACUGGCUCCCUUUCCUCACCUUGCCCAUUCUCUCAGUGCAUCACUCCUUUCUGUCUCUCCCCCAAUGCCCUCAGGUCUUAGUGGACUGCAUCCAGGGAGUAGGUUCAUUCAUUACAGUUCCUUUGUGCUCAGGGCCCUGAGGAGUUGGGACAGGUAGACUAAAGCAGUUUUCUUUCCUUCCUUCCUUUCCCAAGAAAGCCAAAUGGUCCCUGGUGAGAGAUGGCUAAAGAUCAGAAGGCACCUGGUAGGGUUCUCACAGAACAGGGACUGGGUGUCCUGAAGCUGCUGGCACUUGCCUGUGAGGUGGGGGAUGUCUGCCUUUGGCUAGAAACCCUGCCCCAUUCUGAAGAGGAAAACAGGUGUUGGGGGACAGCUAUGAACUCUGGCAGAGGAACUGCCUCUGGUCUUGGGGCAGGAUGCAUGGGGACUGCUUUUAACCUAUUAUAGGGGGGUGGGAGGGGCAUGUGCAGGAAGAAGCUAUUGGGCGGUGGGGAAGGGUUGCUUUUCCUUUGGGGUUAAAGGCUGUGCAGCACGUUUUACAGCAGCUCCGGAGCAGGGCUGUUUUAUCUUCUUGUGAAUGAAACUGCUCUUGCUCAAUGAUUUUUUAGGGGGGGGUGCACUUUCAUUUUCAAUCAACUUUAUUAAAUGGAAAUCCAAACCUUCCAUUCCUCCUCUUCCACUGACCCUCUACCACCCCCACCUUUCUUACCCUUGUCUUGAGGAGGGAUCUUGGGGAGUGAGUUUAUUAUCAUCUUUGCCCACCCCCAUAUGCCUCUCAUUCCAUCUUCCAGCUCUGAGAAAUUCCCAUUUUUAUGGCCAGUCUUCGCAUGUUUUCUUAAUGUGAUAUUCCCACCCCAGGCCUGAGAGAGAUUCUAUGACAUAUAUUACAGAGAGAAUUGUAUAAAUAUAUAUAAAUACUAUAGAUUAUAUACACAUGGGCAUGGGCUUGAUGCCCUCUGCCAACCCCCCUACCCAGGCCUUGGCAUCUCUCUCUCUUGGCCUGGGGAGGUGGAAGGGAUGCGAUGCUGGGGAGGACCAGAGGCUGUGUUCAGUGACACUAAACAGAAUGUGGUGGCA